AUGGCUACUCCUUCCCCUGGCAAGAGACCAAAUUUCUUGGUGGUUGUGGCCGACGAUCUCGGCUUCAGCGACACAGGUCCAUAUGGCAGCGAGAUUCCGACCCCGACGCUGGACAGGCUCGCCAAGGAGGGCGUGACCAUGACAGGUUUCCAUACGGCAUCUGCUUGCUCGCCGACGAGGGCCAUGCUACUCUCUGGCACGGACAACCAUAUCGCUGGGCUCGGCCAGAUGGCAGAGAUGAUGUUUGCUACCAAGGCAUCGUACUGGGGCAGGCCUGGAUAUGAAGGGUACUUGAACUUUAGGGUGGCUGCUCUGCCUGAGAUUCUGCAGGAUGCUGGGUACCACACUGUGAUGUCUGGAAAAUGGCACCUUGGUUUGAAAAAAGAAGUCUGUCCACAUGCCCGCGGCUUCGACAAGUCCUUUGUCUAUCUCCCUGGGGCGGGCAACCACUACAACAACGAGCCUCAACUAGAGAACGUGGGCUCAUUCGUCAUCCCAGCCCUCAAGUCGGACAAUCUCUGGAUGCGCGACAACGUGGUCAUCGACCGGAAGAAGGACAUCCCAAAGGACUUUUACUCAACCGAGAGCUUCACAACCGAGAUGAUUCAGUAUCUCAAGGAACGCAGCCCAGAGGAGAAGGAGAAGCCAUUCUUCGGCUACCUGGCGUACACAGCACCGCACUGGCCUCUGCAGGCACCUCGCGAGGUGAUCGACAAGUACAAGGGGCAGUAUUCGGACGGCCCAGAGGCCCUCCGCCAGCGGCGCCUGGAGGCGCUCAUCGCGCGGGGCCUGGUCCCCGCAGAUGUGGAGCCGGCACCAAUGGUGGGAGAGAAGGUCAAAGAAUGGGCAGAGAUGACGGACGACGAAAAGGCCCAUUCGGCACGGCGCAUGGAGACGUAUGCGGCCAUGGUGGACCUCAUCGACCAGAACCUGGCGCGGGUGGUGUCCUACCUCGAGGAGACCGGGGAGCUGGACAACACGCUCGUCAUGUUCAUCUCGGACAACGGCGCAGAGGGCAAGCUGCUGGAGGCCCUGCCCGUGACCCAGGGGAUGCCCCUGGCCAAGAUCAUCGAGAACCAUUACAACAACGCCAUGGACAAUAUCGGAAACGCCGACUCGUUUGUGUGGUACGGCCCCCAGUGGGCGUGUGCGGCGACGGCCCCGUCCAAAGGCUUCAAGACGAUGGUGACCGAGGGCGGCAUCAGGUGUCCCUGCAUCGUGCGGUAUCCCAGGUUCGCCCUCUCGCAGGGCGAGGUGACGCACGACUUCACGACCGUCAUGGACAUCCUGCCCACGUUGCUGGACAUGGCCGGCGUGUCACAUCCCGGGACGAGCUUCCGCGGUCGCGAGGUCGUCCUUCCACGCGGGCGGUCCUGGGCGCCUUUCUUGGACGGCAAGAUAGACAGCGUCCAUAACAAUGAAACACAGGCCGUACAUGGCUGGGAGCUGUUUGGUCGCAGGGCGAUUCGCAAGGGGAACUGGAAGGCUGUGUAUGUGCCGGCACCGCAGGGCUCCGAGGAAUGGGAGCUGUAUGACUUGUCCAAAGAUCUGGGCGAGGUCCACGACCUGGCAAAGGAGGAGCCAAAGGUGCUGGAGGAGUUGCUUGAGGAGUGGGAAAAGUACUUUUCCGAGACGGGAAUGUAUGAUCCAGGGGUCGAGCAACGCCAGAGCAAGUGGUGA